CACCAAACUGACUGUUCUACACGACGAAUUAAAUAGACUUUCCUCGAUUUGUUUUCUCUUUGGAGAAAAGGGAAGGCGCGUCUGUUAAUCGAUCUGAGAUGUGCAAGCACGUCUUAAUUCACCAAAAAAAGGCAGUGUAGAGAAUUUGAGUGAAGGAUAUCGUCAGGAUGCAGACGCCAGUACCGCCCUACAGGAAAAGGGCAAGGACUAUAUAAGUGGGAGGGAGGAAAGCUCAGAAUCACUUCUUCCCGCUGACAGGCGGUGGGUUAGUAUUGCGGCUGGCUCCGUCCGCACAGCGCCUCUCUGACAUCUCGCUGGGAACCGAACGCUUCGCGGGAAAGGACCGCAGCUGCUCGCGCUGAGAUGAUUGCUCGCGCCCUUCACUGAAUCCGUCCACUAUUUUUUAUAUACUGAGGUUUUUAAAAAAAUCUUUUUAUCUUUUUCUUUGUUUGAUUUUAAAAAAUAAAUCAAAAUUCACCUCAUGGAGCCGAAGCCCAGUGCUCGCGCGGAGGGGGCGCUGGCCGCAGGUGGCGGGACCCCUCAGGAAGCCGGGGCUCCGAGGCAGGCGGUCACCGACAUGAUGGCUCUAUUAACCAGGUUUGGUAAAACGCUCCUGUGGCUCAUGCCGAUUUAUCUGACCGGCUACUUCGGGCUGAGCGUGAGCUUUCUCGUUUUCGGGCUGAUACUGUGGAUGGGCUGGAAAAUGCGGAGGGAGAGCAAGUGGAACAAGCUGAGGGACAGCUUAUACCUCUUGGAGAACGAAGAGACCGUCACCAGAAAAAGGACAAACAAGAGCCUACCAGCUUGGAUCAACUUCCAAGAUCUCGAGCGUGCAGACUGGUUAAACAAGGUUCUGCGGCAAGCAUGGCCAUUUGUUGGCCAAUACCUGGAGAAGUUGCUGGUGAACUCCAUCGCUCCCAUUAUUCGUGGUUCAAACAACCACCUACAAACAUUUGCCUUCACAAAAGUCAGCUUUGGAGUGAAGCCUCUGAAGAUUCACGGAGUACAGGUGCAUUCAGGUGCAGACCAAAGGCAGGUCAUGCUUGACCUGCAUAUCAGUUACAUUGGUGACUGUGAAAUCAAUGUUGAAGUAAAGAAGUAUUUCUGCAAAGCUGGAGUGAAUGGUAUCCAGCUCCAUGGAAUGCUUCGUGUGAUCCUUGAGCCCUUAAUUGGAGACAUGCCAUUGGUGGGAGCGGUGACCCUGUUCUUCAUCCAACGCCCAGUGCUGGAGAUUAACUGGACAGGACUCACAAACCUGCUGGAUAUUCCAGGGCUGAGUUCAAAGUCUGACACCGUACUUAUGGACACCAUUGCCUCUUUCUUGGUUUUGCCAAACCGGAUUACCUGCCCUCUUGUUGCAGAACUCCACGUGGCUGAACUCCGUUCUCCUUUGCCUCGGGGAAUAGUGCGGAUCCACCUAAUUGAAGCAGCAUGCCUGGAGUCAAAAGAUACGUAUGUCAAAGGGCUCAUCAAAGGAAAAUCUGAUCCAUAUGCAAUUGUACGAGUGGGCACACAGGCAUUCAUGAGCAAGACUGUCAGUGAGACUGUGAAUCCCAAAUGGAAUGAAAUGUAUGAGGUGAUUGUCCAUGAAGUUCCUGGUCAGCUGUUGGAAAUAGAGAUGUUCGAUAAAGACCCAGAUCAGGAUGACUUCUUGGGCAGAAUGCAGCUGGAUCUUGGGGAAGUGAUGAAAAAUCAAAUUGUGGAUGAGUGGUUCACCCUGAAGGAUGUGGAGAGAGGAAAAGUUCGUCUGAAACUGGAGUGGCUGACCCUGUACUCUGACCCAGCAAAACUGGAGCAGGCACUGCUUGUAAAUAACUCCAUUGCUGCACAGAACAGUGAGGAACCCUCUGCUGCCAUUAUGGUUGUCUAUGUGGACCAAGCACAGGAUCUCCCGCUAAAGCAAGGGACGAGGGAACCAAAUCCCCUGGUACAGGCUUCACUAUUGGACAAAACCUUCGAGAGCAGGACUGUAUAUAACACAAAUGCCCCAAUCUGGGAGGAUGCCUUUACGUUCUUUGUUCAGAAUCCAAAUCAACAGGAGCUCGAUAUACAGGUUAAGGAUGAUGACCGGCAGUUGAGUCUGGGAUCCCUGUCCCUGUCUCUGUCGCAGUUACUGGUGAGCCCAGAUAUGACCUUUGAUCAGUGGUUCCCACUAGAACAUUCUGGACGUAACAGCCAAAUUUAUCUGAAAAUCAUAAUGCGGGUCCUGCUUUCUGAUGCCAUUGAUCUGGAGAAAAUUCCCAGAGCUCGGAAAUCCACAAUGGAAAAAGUGCAGGGAUCAUCCAAGUCUGACAAGAUAAGCAUGACUGCUACUAAGUUAGUGGAGGCUUUGGGAGUGGGGAGCCUGAUCCAAGCUCCCUUGCCAACUGAAAGCAGUGCCCCCAGCAGCGUGGGGACUGAGGGGGUGAUACGGAUUCACUUGUUGGAAGCUGAGAACCUGAUUGCAAAGGACAACUUCAUGAAAGGAAUUGUGAAAGGAAAGUCAGAUCCCUAUGUCAAAGUGAGAGCUGGAGCCCAAAGCUUCCGAAGCAGAACUAUUAAAGAAAACCUCAAUCCCAAGUGGUACGAGAUGUAUGAGGUCAUUGUAAAUCACAUUCCUGGGCAGGAUCUGGAGUUUGAGCUCUUUGACAAGGAUGUGGACAAGGAUGAUUUCCUUGGAAGAUUGAAGAUCAGCUACAAGGAUAUUAUGAAGAGUAAAUUUAUGGAUGAGUGGUUCAUGCUUAAUGAUGUCAAAUCAGGAAAACUUCAUCUCAAGUUGGAAUGGUUGCCACCAAGUAUGGAUUCAGUCAUCUUAGACCAGGUGCUUCAGGCCAACAAGACCAUUUUCACACAGAAUGAGGUGGAACCAUCUGCUGCCAUCUUAUCCGUUUACCUGGACAGAGCACACGAACUUCCUAUGAAGAAAGGAAAGAAGCUCCCCAGUCCAAUGGCUCAGCUCACUGUUGAUCACACCACGUAUAAAAGUCAGGUUAUUAACAGCACAGACCUACCUAUCUGGGAGGAGACGUUUUCAUUCCUUGUUAAGAAUCCAAAUAUGGAUCAUCUGGAGGUUCAGGUUAAAGAUGACAGUCACACUCUGGGGACUCUUACCAUUCCACUCUCUGAACUGCUGGCCAGCAAGAAUUUGACCUUAGACAAGUGGUUUCAGCUGGAAAAUUCAGGACCCAAUAGCCAAAUUAUGUUGAAGGUUAUUCUUGGGAUCCUAGUUUCUGAGCAUUCCAGCGAGCUUUUCUCAAUUCAGACCACUGCUCAAGAGCCAACUUGUCAUGAGGUGGAGAAUGUGUCGUUCUCAGCUUCAGCUAGUGAUGAGUGUGAACCGAAACCUGUUUCUUCAUUAGUAAAUGAUCCCAGCAGCCAUUCAGUGGCCUCCUUUACUUCACAGCAUAAUGUCAACAUUCCAGAAAGCGAAUCGGCAUCAGCAGAACUGGAACUGCGUCAGAGAACGAAUCGCAAAAUGGAUGUUUCAGAGUCACCACAGAUCAAGCUGACAUUGCUGUAUAGCGUGCAACAAGCGAGACUGCUGCUUGUAGUGCAUUCCUGCAGGAACCUAAGGCUCCAUUCCAAGGAGAUCCCGGACCCGUAUGUCUCUCUCAUUCUGCUCCCUGACACAAAAAAAGUGACAAAGAGAAAAACGAGCGUGAAGAAGAAAACAAUUAAUCCGGAAUAUAAUGAAAAAUUUGAGUUUGAAGUAUCAUUGGAAGAAGUAGAGAAGAGAAAGCUGGACCUCACAGUAAAAAACAAUGUUUCCUUCAUGUCUAAAGAGAUUGGAAAGCUCCACAUUGAUCUCUCACUACUUGACCUGACUCAAGAGAUAACACAGUGGUUCGAUUUGAAGGAAGAAUAAUGUGAUUCUGUUGCCUUAAACCCAUUGUUAAGUUUGUCUUUGGUUUAUGACCAACUAUUUUUAAAUGGUUUUGUUUGCAAUGAAGUAUUUCAUACCACUUUAAGUAUUAUGUUCAUUUUUUAAAAUAUUUUAUAUUCAAUUACUAAAUCAUUGUUCAUGUUUUAGCUUUAAUUCAUAAAAAAAUUCCAAAGAUUAUGAUCAGAGUAUUAAGUCAGUCACAGCUUAUUCUGUUUAUGCUAGUCCUUUUGUUUAAAAACAAUCUUAAGUACAACUUGUUGAAUAACUACAAUUCUAAAGGUACUUGCUUGUGUUUUCAUCUCUGGAAACUGGGUUUAUUUCCAUCUCAGGCCCAGUGGGAUGGAAGUAAACUGUACCAUCCUAUAUGAAAAUGUUUGGGAGAUCCUGAUGCACUUUUGACUGAGGGUUCACAUUACGAAACUGCUUGCCAUUUAAUAUAGAAUGGGCAGGCUCAGACCAGAAAGAUGGCUAGUUUGGGAACUAGAUGACUGGUGCAGAAGAGAGGUUUGAAAUGGGGAUUGAGCUGGAACUAAUUUGAGAGCAUCACUAUGGAUCUAAACUACAGUUCCUGACAAUGUUGAUAUGAGAGGGUGGAAAGUAGUUUUGUUGACUGAACAUUUUUUUUAAAAAAAGAUAUUAAUUCAAAAUAACAAACUAUAUUUCAAAGUCUAUAAGAAUAAUUCACAGCAUUGUUCAAAAAGACUUCCCAGAUCAAGUUCAAUUAACUCUACUGUAUCUAAAGUACAUUUUCAAAAAAACAAGUGAAUAAAAUGAGCCUAUAUCAUCAUUAGAGUAGACAUUUUCUGACCCUGAUGUUUUGCUCAAACUCUGCACAGCAUCUAGGAUCUCAGCCUUCAUUAACAUUUUUUUUUAAAGUGCAAGCUGGCAAUACCUGCUGUGACUUUGCAGGCACCUAAUGCAUUGCAAAUGAUGACUAUCCGACCACAUGCACUGUCAGAAGCAACCCUUGGGUUAUGUCCCAAGAGCUUGCAUUUAAAUCGGUAAGCUGAGACUGCAAAAAGAAUGUCUCUCAUUGGUAGCCACUGGGGCUGAUGAAGAAUUAUAAGCAUGUACUCCACGUAGCAGAAAUUAAAUAUUACCGAGGCUGAUUAAAGACUAAUUAGGCCCCUAUUUAAUGUGUGCAAGAGGCCUACUCUUUGUUUGGGUCACUUGGAAUACAUUGGGGGAGGGGAAUCCUCAUCAAUAUGGAGCACUGGUAAUGCAGCUACUGAUUGGGCAAAAGAACACCGCACGACCACCCUCCAGGUUUUUAUGUUGCUUCAGUUUUCUGCAGUGAGGACCAAUUUCUACCCCAAUUAGUGUGGAAGUACUCAAGGGUUUUAAUGACUCAAUGGGAAUAGGAACAACAUAUACUAAAAAUCAGAACACUGCAGAUGCUGGAAACCAGAAAUAAGAACAGAAAAUGCUGGAAACACUCAGCAGCUCAGGCAGCAUCUGUGGAAAGAAAAAAACAGUGAAUGUUUCAGGUUGGGGACCCUUCAUCAAAACAGGUUUUUAUUAAAGUUAAAAUUGUUCUUUUUAUGGGCUAAUAACAUGGUAAUGGUAAAGAAACCUCAGAGCUUGAGAGACAUAUUAGGUUAUUUACAGAAACUGACAAAUUCAGCAAUGUAUUGAAAAUAUGCCUGAAACAGUCCUAGGGCUCACCAGAUCAUGCCUUGGUUCAAGUACUGGCAAGCUGCAGAUUCCAUUAGGGGGUCCCAGUGCUGCUUAUCAGUACUGUCCUUCCCAAAAUCUCAGCUCGCUCAAGUAUCAUAAGAAAGCCCUGUGGAAGGAGUGGGGAGAAGAAAAUUGGAAGAAGCAAACACAGACCAGCAGUAGCCUGGACUAUUAUUGUGGAUAUAGGAGCAUGUGACAUUUUCACACUAGUGAAAAUCUAUUCUUUGCCAACCUUCAGGAUCACUGGUUGGGUUACCUUUGACUAAAAAAAAAACUGAAUGGUGUUCACUCUUCCUUUUUUCUCUAUCUCAAGGGUAUGCUCUUGCAGGUUUGAGGUAGGCAUUCAGAACUUGCAGUUGCUUAUCUGAAAGAUGCCACACUUCUGGAGUGGUGGUUAGAAUUUAGCAUGCUAGAUCACAUCUGGAUAAUUAUCCCCACUGCAAAAAUCUAUUUUGUCCCCCAAAACCUUGGCAACAGGUAUCUGAAAGUUAACUGCAGGACAGUCACUGAUGUACAAGGAUAGCCAGCAACUGCCAGGACAAAUCUUUACUCCUUUAAUCAACCAGCCUUUCCUCAAAUUCCCGAUUUCCCCUCCUAACUUUUCAGUGUUGCAUGUACCUGGUAUCCAUUAAUGGACCCUUAAUAGAGAUUUUAAAAAAAAUGGCUUCUACCCCAUUUCUCAUCAAAGCAAUUUGAUACCCACGAGAUCUGCUGGUCUUUUUUCUUGUUAGCUCCUCUUAAAUACCAGUUUCAGUAUUCAAAGUCAAAAUGAGGACUUGGGAACUGUAAUAAUAAAUUUGGGCAGGAGUGAUAUUUUACAUUGAAAAUAUUUAUGUAGAUUGAUAUUCCUCUUUAAAUGCUGCAAGCUAUUGCCUCUCCAGUGAAUAAUGGAACCAGUGCAGGCCAUGGUAAACAAUGCCCACUUGGCAGUAACAGAAUUGAAGCUGAAGUUGAUGGAUUGUAUUAAUGUCACUCAAGAAUGGGACUAACCAGAAAAUAGCUGUCCUAAUGCCAUACUUUGCUUAUUCCCUGGGUUUAACCAAGUGGUCAGGAACAACUUAACAUGUAACUUUUAAAAAGAUCUAUGUAUAUUCAAAUUUUACAGCUUGCAAAUGUAAUAAGUCUCAAAUGAAAAUAAAAAUGAAUAUUAAAAAUUUCCACAAAGCAA